AGUUUGGGGCACACGUGGGAAGAUGGCUCCGGGUGAAGAUCAACAACAGGGGCACAGGCCUGGAGUUUUUAAACAGAAAAAUAAAACACAUAAGCAUGGCAAGCAUCGGACGAAGGGCGAAGUUGAGCGGGAGAACAAAGGCCGUGUUGCAGUCAUGGCACUCACCAAGAAACAGCGGAGAGAAUUGAGAAAAAUGGACCGAAGACACAAAGCGAACCAGAUACGUCGGAAUAAGAAGGAUAUGGUCCUGACAGAAAAACGGCGUCUGGGCAGCAAAGAUGGACCCCCACAUCUAGUGGCAGUCGUAGCACUCCAUGCCGACGUGGAUGCUGGAGCUGUGACACGGUUGCUCAGAUCAGAGGGGGCCGGUGGAUUGGUGAAGGAGGAUCAGGGAGUGAGUGGGGCAAAGGACAGUUUCGGAAUGAUCCUCCCCCGAUUCAAACAGAGGUUCAUCUUUCACCGACCAGACCCAUCCGACCUUCACUCCCUCCUUGAUGUGGCGAAAGUUGCAGACAGUCUCAUCUUUGUAUGUGAUCCUACUGCUGGUUGGGACAGUUAUGGAGAAUACUGUCUGUCAUGUCUAUUUUCACAGGGAUUGCCAAGCCAUGCUCUGGUGUGUCAGGGCGUGGCUGUGAAGAAGCGUGCCGACUGUCGGCGGACGCUGACCAAGCUGGUGGAGUCCCGCUUCCCCGACGCACGCCUCUUCCAGCUGGACUCGGACCAGGACGCCACGCUGCUGCUGCGCCACCUGGGCUCCCAACGGCAGAGGCGGCUGGGCUUCCGCUCCCGCCGGGCGCACCUGCUGGCACAGCGCGUGGCCUUCACGCCCAACCCCACCACAGGCCUGGGCACACUGCAGGUGUCGGGCUACGUACGCGGGCGGCCCAUGCAGGUCAACAGGCUGGUGCACGUCGUGGGUCACGGCGAUUUCCAGCUGAGCCAGAUCGACGCGCCCGAAGACCCGCUGCCCAUCCAGGGUACAGCGCCACGCCCCGCUAAGAAAGGAGACGUGGAGAUGAUGGAUGGUGGAGAUGGGGGCACGAUGCGGGUGCUGAUGAAGGCCGACCCGGCCAAGAGGGAGAGUCUGCAGGCGGAGGCUGAGGUGGACCCCAUGGAUGGAGAACAGACAUGGCCCACUGAGGAGGAGCUGCAGGAGGCAGACGAUGAGCAGAAGAAGAAGCGGGUGAUGAAGGUGCCCAAAGGCACGUCUGAGUACCAGGCCGCAUGGAUCCUCAACGACGAGCAAGAGAACGGAGACGAUGAGGAAGAUGAUAGCAGCGAGGAUGACGAUGACGACGACGAAGGUGUAGACGACAUGAUGGAGGAUGGAGAGGAGAUUGAUUCUCAGGAUGCUGGCUCAGGCUGUGGCUCUGGAGAUGAGGAGGAGGAAGAGGAGGAGGAGGAGGAAGAACUGAAGUCCUCGGAUAAUGGCGGGGCCGACCAGCGCUACGACGAGGCCAUAGAUCCGGCGGAGGAGCAAGACGGGCUGAAGCGCUACCGCGAGGCUCGGUCCCACGUGAUGUUCCCCGACGAGAUCGACACGCCCUUGGAUGUCACUGCCAAGACCAGGUUUCAGCGUUACAGAGGGCUGAAGAGUUUCCGUACGUCCCCUUGGGACCCUAUGGAGAAUCUGCCGCUGAACUACUCGCGCAUCUUCCAGUUCCAGAGCUUUGACCGCACGCGUCACCGGGUGCUGGCGGAGAGCAACGAGGAGGAAGAGGGGGCUAUGGUGGGCUGGUAUGUGACCCUGCAUCUGCUGGACGUGCCUGCCUUUGUGCUGGAGAGUGUCCAGCAGGGCCGGCCGCUGGUGCUCAUCUCCCUGCUGCCACACGAGCAGAAGAUGUCAGUGAUGCACAUGGUGGUACGGCGGCACCCCAGCAACACGGAACCCAUCAAGUCCAAAGAGGAGCUGGUGUUCCAGUGCGGGUUCCGGCGGUUCCGGGCCUCGCCCAUCUUCUCCCAGCACACCUCCGCUGACAAGCACAAGAUGGAGCGCUUCCUCCGAGCCGACGCCCCCACGGUGGUGUCCGUGUACGCCCCCAUCUCCUUCCCCACCGCGGGAGUCCUGGUCUUCAAACAGAGAGACAACGGUAUGCAGGACCUGGUGGCCACAGGCAGCCUGCUGAGCUGCGACCCCCAGAGAGUGGUGCUGAAGAGGAUCGUGCUGAGCGGUCACCCCUUCAAGAUCAACCGCCGCUCCGCUGUCGUCCGCUACAUGUUCUUCAACAGGGAGGACAUCCUGUGGUUUAAGCCGGUGGAGCUGCGCACGAAGUGGGGCCGAAGAGGCCACAUCAAGGAGGCUUUAGGUACGCACGGGCACAUGAAGUGUGUGUUUGACAGCCAGCUGAGGUCCCAGGACACGGUGAUGAUGAACCUCUACAAGCGAGUGUACCCACGCUGGACCUAUGACCCCCACGUGCCACUCCCCCUGCCCUGGGUCAAGCAGGAACAGGAAGUGGACAUGAGCGAAAUCGACAUGGAGUAGACCAGGAACGCAUCAUCCAAACAGUGUCAAAGAGUGGAGUGUCAAAAGAGUGUCACUUUAAAUAACAUGUAUAUGUAGUAAUAAACCAACAUUUAAAUCCAAAAAAA